AUGUCAAGACCGGACCCAGUGACGCCAUUCGCGCUGGGCACGCCGCUGUUCAACAAGCUUGCAGGCAAGCGUGUGGUGCUCGCAAGCUCGAGUCCGCGCCGCAAAGAUAUUUUGGCCUCUGUCGGAUUGGUGCCAGAGAUCGUGCCAAGCACAUUCGAGGAGAACUUGCCCAAGAGCGAGUUCACCGGCGAAGCGGUAUACGAGUACCCCGUCCAGACUGGCUCGAAGAAGGCGCUCGAAGUGUACCAACGAUUGGUGAGAGAGAACCCCGAAGACCCACCAGACUUUGUCAUCUCCGCCGACACGGUCGUAGUCAAGGACGAAGUGAUCAUGGAGAAGCCAACAGAUCAACAGGACAAUCUGCGCAUGCUUGCGGAUCUCAAUGGCAGUUCUUGUGAGGUCGUGACAGGCGUGACGGCGGUUUGGCCAGUGAUUGAGGCGCCGGGUUUUCAGAUGAGAUCGCUAUGCGAAAAAACCAUCGUCCGAUUCGCAGACAACCCAUACUACAUGCUCAAAGCCUACGUUGACUCGAAAGAGGGCAUCGACCGUGCGGGAGGCUUUGCAAUCCAGGGACGCGGCUCACUGCUGGUACGCUCGAUCGAGGGCGACUACAACAACGUGGUGGGCUUCCCGCUGUAUGCGUUCAGCGCGUAUCUGCACGACCUGCUCGAACACGAUGAGCUUGAUAUUGUCGAGAGCGACGACUGA